AACAAUUGUUAGUCUGAGGAAUUCGAGUUUACAGGCCGAAAUGUCCUCCUGCGAAAGCAAAUUCCCGGUUGCCGGUGCUAUUCCGUCCUAUUGGAGAAAACAAGUCGAUCCAAUCGACAGCCACCGCAGCGCCGAAACCCUUGGCACCGACGCCGAUAUCGUGGUCAUUGGUGCAGGGUAUGUGGGCGCAUCGAUCGUGCAUCAUCUCAUAGAGGAACACACGCGCUGCGACCGUCCACUUCCAUCAAUACUCAUUCUCGAAGCCCGCGAAGCCUGCUCUGGGGCUACCGGAAGAAAUGGCGGUCAUCUGAAGCCCGACCCCUUGUUCAGAGCGGCCAGUAUCCUUGAGACGCAUGGGAAAGCGGUCGCGGAACAUGUAGCUUCGUUUGAGGCUCGUCAGGUCGUUGCAAUCAAAGAUCUAGUCCAGCGCGAAGGUAUUGACUGUGACUUUGAAGAAACGACAGUCGCAGACGUGUGUUUUUACAAUGGCGGCCGGGAUAAGAUCAAAGCCGAUCUAGCAAGAGUUGCUAAAGCAGGAAUCUCUACAGCGAAAGAAGUAGAGUAUAGUUCGGGUAUCGAGGCUGAGAAGGUAUCCGGUGUCCGAGGAGCCGUAUCCUGCCUCACAUAUAACGCAGCGCGGCUUUGGCCCUACAGACUCGUGGCACACCUACUGCAAAAAGCUGUGUCUCUCGGAGUCAGUUUACAAACCCACACACCGGUCACGCACAUUUCAGCUGCAAACGCAAACGCGCAGAAUCACCGCUGGCUCGUCCACACCCCCCGCGGCACCGUAAAAGCCAUGACCAUCAUAUACGCCACCAACGGCUACACCUCCGCCCUCGUCCCAGAGAUGAGAGGCAAGAUCGUACCCGUCAAAGGCAUAGUCGCGCGGCUGGCGGGCGUGAACGCGCCGAAGCUGAUGCAGAGCUAUAUGAUGCGCUUCUCGGAGUACGAGUACGACUACAUGAUCCCCCGGCCGGACGGCAGUAUCAUACUGGGCGGCGCGAAACGGGAUUUCUACAGGAACCUGGAUGAGUGGUUUGAUGUGGUGGAUGAUAGUAAGGUGAUCGAGAGUGCGCGACGGUACUUUGACGGAUAUAUGCAACGGCAUUUCCACGGGUGGGAAGACAGCGGUGUUCAAACGGAAGAUGUCUGGACUGGUAUCAUGGGUUACUCAAACGACGGCUUCCCAUAUGUUGGACCGGCAUGCGGUCGGACCGGCCAGUACAUGUGCGCGGGGUUCAGCGGGCAUGGCAUGCCGCAGAUCUUUUUUUCGGCAAAGGCAGUAGCGUCCAUGAUUGUGACUGGUGAUGCGGAGGAGGUGGAUCUUCCUGCGCCAUACCGCAUCUCUGAAAGCAGGUGGUAUCAGCCUAAGGAUCACGUCUCUUUGAAGAUGUGGAAGCAGAUUUCAGAGUCUACUCGAGCAAGAAUAUAGUCCUAACAGCUUAUCUAGGAGGAUAGGUAGUAGCUCGGAAUAUCUAGUAGAUGUUCUAGGAUAUCUAGUAGCUUUCUAGAUACAUCUAGUAGAUAUAGUACUAAAAAGACAGAGUUUAGAUAGAGUCUAGGUAUAAAAGGUAACUACUAAGAGUCUAGC